UGCCGUGUAACAUGGUAACACCACGGAGACACCUGGAGUCUGGACACAACACCUUACUUGUCUUGCAAGUCUGAAACUACUUGGAAGCAAAGCAGUCGAUUUCGUUGGCCAGAUCGAACGUUACAGAAGUAAUAGUUUGACCGGGUAUUUUGCCGCUGGGCUGCCAAACAAAGUCAAUGAAAUAACUGUGACUUGUGAAUGUGAGUGCUUCGGAUAGCGAAGGUACGUAGAGGAGUCUACGUACGCGAAGUAACAGUUCAUUGUGCUAGUAAACCCACAAAGAGGAACGUCGUUUACAUAACGGUUGGGGGAGGCGAGCAUGCAGUCAUUGCUGUUUUGGCUCUAUCUCUGGUAACUACAGCACCUCGAGAAUGAAUUGCUUUUUGUCAACCGUGCUGCUAGGCCUGGCUUAUGCGGUGUCCAGUGGACGGGCGGUGCCGGCGCCUGUGACCUCGCCAGAAGAACCACGGCUAGGAGAACCACUGAUAAUGAUAUCGAACACAUUGAUUCGGAGGCAUCUAAAUGGUCUAGUAGUGGGAGACAAUCAAGUGAUUUCUUCAGGGCCGCAGCCGUAUUUCCACUUUACUGGACAGCAAGGUGGUGGCAUGUGUUUGGACCCAGGCGAUUCCCGGUACGCGCUGGAGUUCAUGGGCAGAGCAUGUGGCCAGCAGCAAUGCCACACUCACACCACUGCCAUCCGCGUAUUGAAGAAGAACUUCGCCGGCACGCUGAUGGAGUUUACGUCUCAACACGUGCUUGGAGGGACUCUGCGUGUUUCGUUUUCAAAGAGCUUUAACAUGAGGAUACACUAUAAGACACAGAGCUCUCAGGCUGUUCAGGCUGAAACGUACUACUAUGGGUUUCCACGCAACCGCUGGGUGCAGCUUAACAUUGUCGUGUGCCGUGACACACUCACCGUGUACGUCAACUGUCAGCGCUUGUUCCAUACCCUUCUAAAUGGUCACAUCAGAUGUCCAGUAGCCGACGUAACAUCAAGUGUUUGUGUUGGAAAAAGUGUCGACCAGCAAUCCUCACCGAUAACUAUGGACGUUCGUGACAUGGCCUUGAUGGCUGGUGAUGCAACUGAACAUUUAUGUCCUGAACUUCAUGCCAUAUCAGUUAUUGAGCAUAACAUGACGCAACUCAAGCAGACCCGAGAAAGCCUUAUUCAGGAGAUAGAAGACACAAAUUCCGAGAUGAAAUUUGAAAUGGCAUCUCGCAUGGAGCAGACUGUGGAGAAGGAGAAGUGCCGGACAAAUUCCGAGAUGCUACAUGAAAAUGUCAUGGCACGAACUAGAGACAUCGUAAUCAUGACGGAGCAAGUGGACUCUGUGCAAGAACAACUGGUAUCAUGUACACGUGAUGUGGCCAACAUUACCUGUAACGUCAGCGGAACUCUGUAUGCUGUCGGCUCCAGUGUGCCACAUCAAUGCCAGAUCUGUGAAUGUGCGGCUGGCGGUCAGGUGAAAUGCACAGAGGAACCGUGUACCCCCAUUGUGCCAGGCACGGAGUCACGUUCAUGUCCUUACGGAAGGGUUGUGCCGAAGGACGUGGAGAACGGAAUUUGCUGUGAUACAUGCCAAAACGUUACCGGAGCUUGUCGCUACAGGAAUAAAUUCUAUGAACAUGGCAGUGUGUUCAAAAACCUAGACGGAGGUGUUUGCUCGCCUAAUUGUUCAUGUCAGAACCAUAAGAAAGUGUGUCCCACUGAGGCCUGUGAACAGUUGCCAUGUCAACCGGCUCAACGUUAUACACCAGUAGGUCAAUGUUGUCCAAGGUGUACAGAGGAGGAGAAUCCAUGUGAAGCCAAUCCUUCGCCGUGUGCACGCCAUCAAGGAGAUGCGCCGUGGACGUGUGUUAACCGUGGUGGCAGAGCCGAGUGUAUUUGCUACUUUAUUCCAUCUGGAGGUGGCUGUUACACGGGUCAAGGUCGCAAGUAGGGCAACGCUAUGAAAUGGAACGGCUCCCGUCGACUUGGAAAUCAACGUGCCAUGUUAUUUUUGGACAUUUUCACUGUAACUAGCCGGCGCCAACUGCUGGCACUAGACUAGCAUCUGCCUCUUGCACGUACCACGCCUGCAUCCUGGUUAGAGUCGAAUGGAAGCUGUUGAUAGUACCUAAACUCAUAGUUAUGCCUGUGUAGAUCUAAUCACAAGAACUAGCGUGCUAAACCAAACGGGGAAAAAAUUCAGGACGUGCCGCACUUUGUUGGGAACAAGACGGUACCCCGCAUGUACUUGUGCAUGUGUGCUGCAUUUCUGAACUCCGCUGCUUCUCUUGGUUCUCUGUGUUCACACUGAUUUUAACCAUUAGACCGUGAUCGUGUUUUCUGUAUCGCUGUGUUUGACAUACAUGUAUACAGCGUAGAGAUGGUGUUAGAAUGACAGGAAAACCAUUGAAAACCUCACCACCUUUGCACUAUUGAACUGAUCCAUGUAUAUGGCCGAUGUUAAGCCGGCUAGAUGUACACAGAUGCCACUAUGAAAAAAGAUAUCUACUUUAAAAACUCUACGCUUUGCUAUAGCGCCUUUGAUUCAGGCAAUUUAUCGCCUGCAAUUGCAAUUGGUGAGGCGCAUUCUUGUAUUAUAUUUUUUGCACGAAUAACUCUCGCUAUUAGGUCGUGAUAGGAGCAAAGCAACCAAUCAUGCCAGAGGACACGCUCUAGUGUGUUUGUGGGAGUCUUAGCUCUGGUUUGCUUGCCAUUGCUUCACUGCUGCACUCUCUGACUGUCCAUCUCUCAAUGUG